CACUGUUAAGUGUAUGUAGAACUGUCAACUAUUUAAACUACAUCUAACUUCACGCGUCCAUUUUCUACUUCCUUUUCCGUGUUAGCUGUGAAAGAAUAAACAUGCCGCUAGCCAAAGAUUUAUUGCAUCCUUUGCCCGCUCAAGAAAAGCGCAAACACAAGUUGAAGCGCUUGGUGCAACAUCCCAACUCCUACUUCAUGGAUGUCAAAUGCCCCGGCUGCUACAGAAUCACCACUGUCUUCAGCCACGCUCAAGGCGUUGUUGUAUGUGCUGGAUGUGCUACCAUCUUGUGCCAGCCUACCGGUGGCCGUGCUAAGCUCACAGAAGGUUGCUCUUUCAGAAGGAAGCCUCAAUAAAUGUGAUGUUUUAGUUUGCUGCCUCAUCAUAAUUUUUUCAAAUUUUAUUUUUUAACAACAAGAAAAAAAAACAAAAAACAAUAAAAAAUACUUUUUCGUUCUGAAAAAAGCUUAAGAAGUAUCAACUAAUUUCUCCUAUACUAUUUAUGUGGCUUAAUUUGAGGAUACAACGUUGGAUUCGUGUUGUUUUUAUGAAAUGAAAAAGGAACUUUAUCUUAUAAGGAUAAACCCCAAGUUUGAAAAAAGUGUAUGGUGAUAUCAAUAGCUUCUCCAAUUCCAAUGUAUUUAUUUUAUUAAUGAAUGAAUGAAUUAGAUUCAUUUUUUAUAUGGAAUACACUAAAGAAGUCUUUCUUUACAUAAACUA